CACCCACUUGUCUAGAUUGUCUUAUCCCUCCCCCAAAUCAUUCUCCAAAACCCCCUUUAUAUAACCAAAACCUCCUCCUAGUUUCUUCUUCUUUAAUCACUCUUCUCACCAAAACAACCAAAAGAUGGAAGAUCCAAUUCCGUACGACCCGAACCCAAGUCCUCUCCCCAUCCCUCCGCUCGACAACGCCCACCUCCACUCAACCGAUUUCUUCCCGGAAAACUUCUCAAUCGACGCCGACGGAUACGGUGGUGAAGACGACGACUUCAACUUCGGCGUUGACUUCGAUUUCACCUUCGACGACCUCUGCUUCGCUGACGAUCUCCUCUCAGACCCUCAGGUUCCGGAGAUUCCUAAUUCGGAUGUUUCUGACGCUUUGGAGAAUCCUAAUUCCGGUGAUUCUGAGAUUAUUGGAAAUCCUGCCCCUAGGGUUUACGAUUGUUCGUCUCCUGAGGUGAAUCCAGGUCCGAUUUCUUCCGAAGAGUCAAAUUUCGGGGUGAAAUUGAGCUGCGCUUCGCCGGAAUCUGGUAGCUGUAAGAGUAAUUCGGCUGUUUCGCAGACCUUUCGUGGUGAUUCAGGUAAUAAUAGCGAUCGCGAUGUUUCUUCGAGUUCUUUUGUUGAUAAUAAUGAUGAUUUGUCUCCGAAUAGUCAGAUUAAGGUAGAGGAAAUAGUUGGGAAAAGUAAUCACAAUGUUAAUAAUACUAAUAAGAAAAAUGGUGUGCCAAAGAGGAAAAAAGAACAUGAAUAUGAACAUGAACAGGUUGAAGAGAGGAGUAGUGAGGGUAGACUUAAUAAGUUUAGGCGGUCGUCAAUGUCGGAAAAUAUGAGUAUUGAUUUGGAAGGUGUUGAUGGGGAUGACAAGAAGAAAGCAAGAUUAAUGAGGAAUAGAGAAAGUGCUCAGCUUUCUAGGCAGAGGAAAAAACAGUAUGUAGAGGAGCUAGAGGAUAAGGUUAGAGCAAUGCACUCUACUAUCACCGAUUUGAAUGGGAAGAUUUCGUAUAUGAUGGCAGAGAAUGCGAGUUUGAGACAUCAAUUGGUUGGUGGUGGGAUGUGUGCGGCCCCUCCACCGCCUCACGGAAUGUAUCCGAUGGCUCCUAUGCCUUACCCUUGGAUGGCGUGUCCUCCUUAUAUGGUUAAGCAGCAAGGGUCACAUGUUCCAUUGGUUCCGAUCCCUAGAUUAAAGCCUCAGCAGCCUGCACCAGCACCUAAGGUUAAUAGAAGGUCGGAGAGUAAGAAGAGUGAGGGGAAGACUAAGAAGGUUGCGAGUGUUAGUUUAUUAGGGUUGUUGUUUUGUAUGUUGCUCUUUGGAGGGCUUGUGCCGUUAGUUAAUGUUAAGUAUGGAGGGCUUGGUAUUGGGUUUGAUGGUGUGCAAAAGGGAAGUGUAUUUAUGGUUGAUAAGCAUAUGGAGAGUAAAAUUAGCAGUCAUGGGAGGAUACUUAAGCAGACUAAUAGUUCAGACAGGCUUGGUCCAAAUGGGAAUUCUAGUGAGCCGUUGGUUGCGUCGCUAUAUGUCCCUAGGAAUGAUAAGCUGGUGAAGAUUGAUGGGAACUUGAUCAUUCAUUCGGUUCUUGCCAGUGAGAAGGCUAAGGCAAAACAAACUGCUGAGGGGAUUAAGACCAGUGAAGAAACUGGCUUGGCUAUCCAUGGUAGUUAUCCACCUUAUCCUAUUCCUGGGCCUGGGAGCAAUGAUUGGAGACACCCUCAUCUUGACAGAAAUCAAAAUGGAAGGCAAAGGGCUCUCAGCUCUAGUUCUUCUGAAGAGUUUACACCAGCUGGAUCUGAUGGCAAGCUACAGGAGUGGUUCCGUGAGGGACUUGCAGGGCCUAUGUUGAGUUCUGGCAUGUGCACGGAAGUGUUCCAGUUUGACAUCUCACCCACUCCAGGAGCAAUAGUACCAGCUACAUCCAUUGUUAAUAUUACCUCGGAACGCCGCCAGAAUUCUACUCGCCCUAACCGAUCCAGGAAUAGAAGAAUCCUCCAUGAACAUGCUAUUCCUCUUGAUGGCAAUACACUUAAUGCUACUGAAGAUCAUGUGCAACAUGAGCAUAGUGAUGGACUUCAGGGCAACAAAUCCAGUUCUUCCAUGGUUGUCUCUGUUCUGGUUGAUCCGAGGGAAAUCGGUGAUGGUGAUGGAGAAGGCGUGAUAAGAUCGAAGACUAUGUCUCGGAUCUUUGUGGUAGUUCUGAUCGACAGUGUCAAGUACGUUACUUACUCUUGCAUGCUUCCAUUUAUGGGUUCAGGCAAUCAUUUGGUGACAACCUGAGAAGUGCAGGAAAGAAUAAAACGAGUGAUGGAUUUAAAGUAUCCAUCACCACAGUUUUGUACAGUAUCAAUCAAUAGUAAUGUAGAGCUUCUAAACCUUGUAGUGACACCUUUAAUCAGCUGGUCUUUCCUCUGCUAAGAAACCUUUGUAAUCUGGGUUCUUAUCUUAAUGUUGAGAUCUUGGUGUACUAACACGCAUCAUUUGGCCUAUCCGAGGAUGCGUUUCUGAACGUUGAUGGCUUGUAACUUAUGAUGUGUAAUGUACUAAUGUGAUAUAUGUGCAUCACUUUAUUAAAUUUGUAUUUCUACUGAUAAA